UUUAUUUUUGAUUCCCCACCGCCUUUCCACGGCGUCGCGCCGCCGCCGGAGGAGAAGAACCCAACGUCAAAAAACAAAAAAUACAGUCAAUAAAGCAAGAAUUCCUCUGCCUGUUUCAGACCACGACAGCACAAGCACAAACACAGAGCCUCGAUUAACUAAAAAAACAAAAUAAAAAUAAAACAACACACACAAAACCACCACCUUUUACUCAAUUGCUCCCCUGCCAUUUCCAAUUCCAGAAGAAACAUCGGAAUAAGGGUUUCUCAGAUUUCACACACUAAUUAGGCAGCCCCAAUCCCCAUCAACAACCACUUUUCAGCAAAUCCCACCUCAAAAAAUUCGUUCUUUGCUUCCACCAAACUCUCUCUCUCGCUUAAUUCUCAAGAAAAAUUGGUUCUUGAAGUUCGGCCGAGCUAAAAUGGCGACGCUAGGUGAUAUUGGAAUGUCAGCUUUGAUCAACAUUCUGGGCGCCUUUGCAUUCUUGCUUGCGUUUGCUUUGCUGAGGAUUCAGCCGCUGAAUGACAGAGUGUAUUUCACCAAAUGGUACAUUGAGGGGCAGCGGAGCAGCCCCAGCCGCCGUGGUGAUGGGCUGGUGGGCAGAUUUGUCAAUCUCAAUUACAGGACUUACUUGACUUUCCUCAACUGGAUGCCUCAGGCCUUGCAGAUGAAAGAGCCUCAGAUUAUCGAGCAUGCUGGCCUUGACUCUGCUGUUUUCUUGAGGAUUUACAGACUUGGAUUGAAAAUAUUCGGACCAAUAGCCAUUGUUGCUGCAAUAGUUCUAUUUCCGGUGAACGCAUCUGGUGGCACUUUGUUUUUCCUGCAGCACGACUUGGUUGUUAACAACAUUGACAAGCUCUCUAUAUCUAAUAUUCAUCCCAAGUCUAAUAAGUUUUUAGUCCACAUAGGCCUGGAGUACUUAUUUACAUUUUGGGCUUGUUACAUGCUUUAUAAGGAAUAUGAUAAAGUUGCAUCGAUGAGACUGAGUUUCUUGGCUUCAUGUGGCAGGCACCCUGCUCAGUUCACGGUUCUAGUACGGAAUGUUCCUCGUGAUCCCAACCGCUCGAUAUCAGAAACUGUUGACAACUUCUUUCAGAGAAACCAUCCAGAUUACUAUCUGUGCCAUCAGAGUGUAUACAAGGCUAAAAAGUUUGCGAAACUUGUUAAAAAGAGAAUUAAGCUUCAAAAUCAGCUCAAUUACAAUCAGCUGAAGUUUGAGAGAAAUCCAAAAAAGAGGCCUACUAGAAAGAAAGGAUUUCUUGGACUUUGGGGUGAAAGGGUCGACUCAAUUGAUUACUUUGAACAACAAAUUAAAGAUCUGGAUGAGCAAGUGAAAAUUGAACGCGAAAAAGUUAUGAAAGACCCUAAAGCCGUCACUCGUGCUGCAUUUGUAUCGUUUAAAACGAGAUGGGGAGCAGCUGUAUGCGCGCAGACCCAACAGAGCAAAAAUCCUACGCUUUGGCUGACUUAUUGGGCCCCCGAACCCCGUGAUAUCUAUUGGAAGAAUCUGGGAAUACCAUUUGUUUCCCUAAGCAUUCGUAAACUCAUCAUAUCGGUAGCUAUGUUUGGAUUGAUCUUCUUUUACUUUAUACCCGUUGCUUUCGUCCAAUCAUUGGCGAAUAUUGAAGGACUCUCGAAGGCACUUCCUUUUCUGAGGCCAAUCCUUGACAGGAAGCUGGUGAAGUCGUUUCUACAGGGCUUCGUUCCUGGUCUGGCUCUCAAGAUCUUCUUGCUUCUUCUUCCUUCGAUUUUAAUGGUGAUGUCGAAGAUAGAGGGGCACGUUGCAGUAUCUGUGUUAGAACAAAAAACUGCUGCAAAGUACUACUAUUUCAUGUUAGUCAAUGUGUUCUUGGGAAGCAUAGCGACUGGGACAGCGUUCCAGCAACUCAAUGCUUUUCUUCACCAAUCAGCAACCGAGAUCCCAAGAAACAUCGGUGUAUCGAUACCGAUGAAAGCUAGUUUCUUUAUCACGUAUAUAAUGAUCGAUGGCUGGGCCGGAAUUGCCGGUGAAAUCCUCCGGUUGAAACCACUAGCGUUUUUCCACCUAAAGCGCAUGUUCUUGGUGAAAACUGAACGGGACUUGGAGAAGGCGAUGCGCCCUAAAGGAGUCGACUUUCCGGAGACUCUACCAAGCCUUCAGUUGUAUUUCCUUCUCGGCAUAGUGUACAUGGCUGUUACUCCGAUCCUUCUUCCGUUCAUUCUGGUCUUCUUCGCCUUCGCCUACUUCGUUUAUCGCCACCAGGUCAUCAACGUGUAUAACCAGAAAUAUGAGAGCGCCGCCGCGUUUUGGCCGCAUGUUCAUAAUCGAAUCAUCGCUAGCUUGGUGGUAUCGCAGCUACUUCUAAUGGGGCUAUUGAGCACAAAAAAAGCAACAAACUCCACUCCUUUGCUUGUGGUUUUGCCAAUUCUCACUCUCACCUUUCAUAAGUACUGCAAGCAUCGGUUCGAGCCGGCUUUUCGGAAUGACCCACUCGAGGAAUCAAUGAGCAAGGAUCUUGAAGAUGGAGCUACUGAAUUAGAUGGUGAGUUCAAGUCUCAGUUGAUGGACGCGUACUUGCACCCGAUUUUCCACAAUAUCGAAGGAGUCGAGGAUGAGAUCAGGAUCGAAAAGAAUUGAACAUCCAAACGGGAACCGAGGUAUAAGUAUCUUGAGGAUAGAAUGACUAAUUGGUAAGUAAAUUGUGGGGACAUAUAAGGUGUAGUGUAGCUCUAUGUUGUUAUUUUAGAGAUAUAUUAUACUGUACUGGUGUAGUUUGUUUCGAAUUCUAAAACCAUGUAAAUGUUGAGUAGGGUUGUUGAUUUUGUUGA